AUGGACCUGAAGGUGGUGAAAAUAACCUCACUCAUGAAGCUCACUUGUCUCCAGUUCCUAUUUAUAUUGUCACACAUGCGGCUGGCCUUUUCAGAUGCUAUAUAUUUGGUUGAUGCUAUUCAGGGUGGAGAGAUGCUUAUGAAAGCCUGUAAGCCUGCACUUGAGUCCAGUUACAUCACUAAAGUUAUUCAUGAUUGCAAACGAGAUAGUGAGGCGUUGUACUUUCAAUUCGGGAUUAAGUUGCACAAUGUUGUGGAUAUCCAGAUUGCUUAUUUUUUAUUUGAGGAGCAAGAAGGACGGACAAGAGUGCUAGCUGACUACAUAUCAUUUGUUGGCCUCCUUGCAGAUCCACGCUAUUGUGGUAUAUCUUAUGUCGAGAAGGAAGAAGUUCGUGUACUUCUGAGGCAGACUUCUGGGUCUUUUGGUAAAAAGGAAAAGUUGGUUGUCCUUGCUUUAGAUGAAGACCCUAACUUUUGGACAUAUGGACAACUCUCUGAACUGAUGGUUUGUGCUGCUGCAGAUGAUGUCCGCUUUCUUCUCUAUAUUUAUCAUAAAAUGGUUGCGAAAUUGAAUCAACAAUCUUUAUGGUAUCUUGCUGUCCGUGGCGCAAUGUAUUGUCGAUGUUACUGCCUAAAUGACAAUGCUUUUGCAGAUUGGCCGUCUCUCCCUCCAAUCCCAGAUAACCUCAUUGCUGAUGAGAAUGCUCCUGAGGAAGAAAUCCUCUGUGUUCUUGAUGUUCCGCCUGGGAAAAUGGGACGUGUUAUUGGAAGAAGAGGGGCUUCCAUCUUGUCCAUAAAGGAGUCUUGCAAUGCUGAAGUCUUCAUUGGAGGCACCAGGGGUCCAGCUGACAAGGUGUUCAUUAUUGGACCAGUACAGCAGGUGAGGAAAGCAGAAGCAAUGUUAAGGGGAGAAUGCUGGAUGUGUUUUAAGAAGUUUAUAUUAGGCAUUGCGUCUCGCUUUUGA